CCCCCACCUCCCACCCCCGUCACCUCCUGCCCAACUGGAAGUGGAUAAAAAGCCACCAGCUUCUCACGCCAUCAGUCACGGCGGUGGUCUAGUAAACACUUCCGGUCCUCUCGCUUCCUCGCUGUCUUGCGUGGGCAGAGCCAGGGCUGCCCGAGGGAGCUGAAGCCAAAAGGGGGCUACCCCCGGGCAUUCUGCGCCGCGGAGGAUGAGCGCGGCCGGGCCCGGGCCGGGGGCGAGGGGCCCAGUGAGCUUCGCUGACGUGGCCGUGUACUUCUCCCCGGACGAGUGGGGACGGCUGCGCCCCGCGCAGAGGGCCCUCUACAGGGACGUCAUGCGGGAGACCUAUGGCCACCUGGGCGCGCUGGGAUUUCCAGGUCCCAAACCGGCGCUCAUCUCCUGGAUGGAACAAGAAGCCUGGGAGUCAGAUGCCAACUCUCCCGAGGGUGAAUGGGAGAAGGCAGUAACCUGUGGAGCAGGAGCUAAGAACAAGGAAAAUAGGAAGAUGUGUGGAGAUGAGGAAGGACCUGUGAUCAGGAGACUGGAAGAUGUUGGACAGCUCACAACUAGGGCUGGGAAACACAAGAAUCAGCCAGCAAAGCUUCCCUCUGCUCCCCGGGGCCGCCCUCCCUCCAACCCCAGCCUGUGUAUCAACCUUUCAUCACCCAGGACUGACAAACGCCACGGCUGCAACAUAUGUGGGAAGCACUUUGCCUGGCGCUCCACACUGGUGGAACACAUCUACACCCAUACUGGUGAGAAGCCCUUUCGUUGCCCUGACUGUGGCAAGGGCUUCGGCCAGGCCUCUUCGUUGAGUAAGCAUCGAGCCAUCCACAGGGGAGAAAGACCUCAUUGCUGCCCAGACUGUGGCCGGGCUUUUACUCAGCGCUCAGCCCUUACCACUCAUCUCCGAGUCCACACUGGUGAGAAGCCCUACCAGUGUGCUGAUUGUGGCCGAUGCUUCAGCCAGAGCUCAGCCCUAUCUCAGCACCGUCGUGUCCACACUGGUGAGACACCCUUCCCCUGUGCUGACUGUGGCCGAGCCUUUGCCCAUGCCUCAGACCUACGGCGCCACCAGCGUACUCACACAGGUGAAAAGCCAUUCCCUUGUCCUGACUGUGGACGCUGCUUUCGGCAGAGUUCAGAAAUGGUUGCUCACAGACGAACCCACAGUGGUGAGCGGCCCUAUCCCUGCCCUGAGUGUGGGAGGCGAUUCAGUCAGAAGUCAGCCGUGGCCAAACAUCAGUGGAUCCAUCGGCCUGGUGCUGGAGGCAGGAGGGGCCAAUUGGCUGAGGUACCACCUGUGCAAAUUACCUCUGUCCGGGGAGAUUUAGAUCCCCCAGUGGGAUUCCAGCACUACCCAGAGAUCUUCCAGGAGUGUGGACCAGUGACUGGGCCUAGAGAUGAGGCCCUUCAGUCCACUGCAUACCAGGAAUGGCUUAUCAUAUGGGCCCCUCAGCAACUGGUUUACCCCGAGGGAAGUGGCUACCGGGUUGGGCUGAAGGUGGAAAGCGUUAACCCCUUAGCAUCUGGAAUCCGUGGGCAUCCUAAGAAGGGUAUCGAGGUGUGGGUGAGUGGGAGUGGGGAAUGUGGGGGGAGGCGGAACUUGGAGAGCUCAGAGGAAAGGGGUGGUCGGGGGUGGCUUUCCCUUCCGUUGUCAGGGAGAACAGGCGGAAAGGGUGGGGACCACUUAAGGGAUGCGAAGGACCGCAGGAGGUCUGUGCGCCGGAGCUGGAAGACCCUGCCCCGCGAGCGCCUUCGGGCCAAUCAGGCUCCGCGGGAGGCUCCAGGAGCUUGGGAGCUACAGUUAACGCCCCCACGAGCAGGGGGGCGCGGGGGCGGCAUGAAGGGGCUCUCCCCUUGGCAGCAGGAGGGCUUCGCUGACGGUCACGCUGCUCCCGAGCCCCGUUGUAAGGCCGGGGAAGGCGCGUCGCAGAGAUCCCGCCGUCCCCGUGUCAGAGGAAAGGGGCGGCGGCGGAGGUUGAUCGCUGAGCCAGAGCCAGGGCUCGAGCCUGUAGGGCCGGCCGCUCCCCGCCUCGCGGUCCCCAGAGUCUGGGGUUGCUGCUCCGGAGCUCCGGAGCACGCUUGCACGAGUCGAGCGGCCAGCAGCCGGACGGACAGACGGGUUAAUGCCACCGAGUCGCACCUCCGUGGAAUCCUAGAGCGGCAGCAGCGCCAGCAUAGCGGGGAGCUGGCCGCUCACGGACACUUCCUGUGCAGGGGGGCGGGGGGGGGGGACGGAGGGGGCUGGGCAGCCGCAGCCCAGCAAGGGGCUGGGGAACCGGGCCACCGACACUUGGGUCCUAGGAAGGGUACUUGUAGGGCUAGAGAGGGAAAAUCACUCUUGUUCUUCCCCAGAGGCUUCCCUCAGCUCCUGAUUUCUAAAAUGGAGCGAGAGGCCAGGCCGUGGGGCCUAGAUCCCCAGAGUCCCGAGGAGACGGAGAGCCCGAGAGGCACCCCCACAGGCAGUGAGUGUGGCAGAGCCAAGAGUGUGAGUGAGAAUGAGGAAGAGGUUCCUCAGCAAGAAGACUCUGAGAAUGAAGAUGUUGAAGAGAUACCCUUUGGAGUUGAACCUCAGAGUCCAGGUUUUGAUGAAAUUCCUGAGAUGCCCCUGAGCCCUGAGGAAAAGGAUCCUCUUGAUCUGUCCCUGGACUCCUACACUGAAGGGUAUGAACAUCAAGCCCCUAGGGACCUGCCCCUGGGGACCACCUUUGAGGUGCCCUCAGGGACCCUGCUCACUGACCCCCGAUUUGAGAUUCUUCAGGAGAACCCUCUCAACCUCACCCAGGCCAUCCACGGCCAAUCUCGGCGUGGUGGGGGCCCUCGAGGUCAAGGUAGGCAGCCCCCUCGACCCAAUAUCUGUGGUAUCUGUGGGAAGAGCUUUGGGAGGGGCUCCACACUGAUUCAACACCAGCGCAUCCACACGGGAGAGAAACCUUACAAGUGUGAAGUAUGUGGCAAAGCCUUCUCACAAAGCUCUGAUCUCAUCAAGCAUCAGCGCACACAUACAGGUGAACGACCAUACAAGUGUCCCCGUUGUGGCAAGGCCUUUGCUGACAGCUCCUACCUGCUCCGCCACCAGCGGACCCACACAGGCCAGAAGCCCUACAAGUGCCCACAUUGUGGCAAGGCCUUUGGCGACAGCUCCUACCUCCUGCGCCACCAGCGCACCCAUAGCCAUGAGCGACCCUACAGUUGCCCGGAUUGUGGCAAGUGCUACAGCCAGAACUCAUCCCUUCGAAGCCACCAGCGUGUCCACACAGGCCAGAGGCCCUACAGCUGUGGCAUAUGUGGCAAGUCCUUCUCACAGCGCUCAGCCCUCACCCCUCAUGCCCGAAGCCACACCCGAGAGAAGCCCUUCAAGUGCCCUGAGUGCGGAAAACGCUUUGGCCAGAGCUCUGUGCUUGCCAUUCAUGCCCGCACCCACCUACCUGGCCGCACCUACAGCUGCCCUGACUGUGGGAAAACCUUUAAUCGAUCAUCCACACUGAUUCAGCACCAGCGCUCCCAUACAGGUGAACGGCCCUAUAAGUGUGCUAUCUGUGGAAAGGGCUUUUGCCGCUCCUCCACUCUCCUUCAGCACCACCGUGUCCAUAGUGGUGAACGGCCCUACAAGUGUGAUGACUGUGGCAAGGCCUUCUCACAGAGCUCCGACCUCAUUCGCCACCAACGGACGCAUGCAGCUGGGCGGCGCUGACCAUGGAACCCCAGGAAGCAGGAAGAGGGUCACAUUGGGAGGGGGUGGGAAUAAGCAGCCUAGAGACAUAGGUAGAGUUUUUUUUGGGGGGAGGGGAAAGGGAGAAGGGUUAGGGUCAGAUACUUGGUUUCAGAGAAGGAAAUUGAACAUAAAACCUCCCUUAAAAGCUGGGGUAAGAAAAACAAACCUCUAUGCUCUAGGAGAGGGGUCUAGGAAAGAUGAAUUGAGUAUUCUGGCUUUUUCUGGGAAAAUAUCCCAGAAAAAGUUUUUAAAUAAGGGGCAGGAGCCAACAGCCAAGAGCAGGCCUUCCCUGUGCCCUCUGAAAGUCUUUGGGAGAAACAGAGGAGAAGAAUAGGCAGAAUGCUGACUGCCUAUGCACCAGUGCCAUCUGCUGGACUCCCAGAGAUGGCGAGUUGCUAGCUGUAGGGGGAUAGCUCGCUAGGUGGAUAGAUAGAGUGGGAAUUAGCUUAGUUGGGGAGCUCCCAGGCCCACUAGGAGUCAGGGAGAGGGUGGGACUGAGAAUUGGGGUGGGGAUCCGAGUAUCUGGAUUGGGCCUGGCCCCAGCAUUCAAUCUGGGGUCUCCUCUGCCCCAUCCUGCUGCAUCAUCACUGAUUCAAU